UGUCAAUGGACAGCUUUGCUGUCCAUAUUUAUUUCCAUAUUUGUUUCAUACUUAUUUACGUGAUUUACUCUUCCGUGUAAUUAGCUUAAUAUUUGACAGAUUGUAUAGGAAUAACCGUAGCAUAUACUUAGCUCUUUCCAUGUAUAGAAUUCCUUGUACAGUUUAUAUAAUAGAGAGAAAUCAGAAGGCCAACCAUUCGGCCAUUCAUCCUUUGUUUCACUUAUCUUGACAUGGUAUCAAGAGCCUAAGGUUCUUGUCUCUCUCGGAAUUUUUUUUCUUGGUCUCGGCUUCUCUCGUGUUUUGGUAUUUUUGGUGCCCCGACGUCCCAGUCUUUUUUUUCUCUCUCUGCUUUCUGGUUUGGUGUUUCUCGGCUAGGUCUGUUUUAUUUGGAGUUUUCGGCACUUUCUGUCUCUGGUUUGGUGUUUCUCGGCUGGGUCUGUUCCAUUUGGUGUUUUCGGCACCUUCUGUCUCUGGUUUGGUGUUUCUCGGCUGGGUCUGUUUCAGUCUUGGGGAUUUUGGCCUUGCUGUUUGCUAGUUCUGUGCUUGGUUUCGGCACCUUCUGCUGCAUCUCUUGGGUUCGGUUCUUGUUUCCGUGCACUCUUCUGCUUCUUCCUGGUUUUCGGCGCAAGUUUCUGGUAUUUUUUUUGGCACCUCUGUUUGGUUUGAUUUUUUGGAAGUCUGUAUCUUCGUGGCCCUCGCAGAACACUCGUGGCAUUUUUUUUCUCGGCUUUUGUGAUUUUUUUUUUCGGUACCAGUUUAUUCCCUCCUUUUAUUUCGAUUUAUUUUCUGCCAUUUUGCUGUCUCGAGUUCCAUUUUUUUGUUUGCAAUGGACUCUGCACCUGUAUGUGUCAAGUUUACUGGCAAAAAUUACUCUACUUGGGCUUUUCAGUUUGAACUUUUUCUAAAGGGAAAAGAUCUUUGGGGUCAUAUUGACGGUACCGAUGUCGACGAACCAUCCACUUCUGACAAACCCAAGACUAUUCCUUCAUGGGCUGUUCUUGACGCUCGGAUUAUGUCUUGGCUUCUUGGUUCGGUGGAGCCACAUAUUGUUACCAACUUGCGGGCACAUCGCUCCGCUCAAUCCAUGUGGAAUUACUUGAAGACGGUUUAUCAUCAAGAUAAUGAUGCUCGUCGCUUUCAGUUGGAACAUGCGAUUGCCAUGUUUCAACAUGGUAGUCUUUCCAUCCAAGACUACUACUCGGCUUUUUUGACUCUUUGGCAUGGAAUAUACCGAUUUGGUUAUAGCGGGUGUUCCUGUUGCCGCUCUUUCGACUAUUCAGAAGCUUCAUGAGACUAGCCGGCGUGAUCAGUUUCUUAUGAAACUGCGCCCGGAAUAUGAAUCUGUUCGCUCCUCUCUACUAAAUAGAUCUCCUGUUCCUUCUCUUGAUGUUUGUUUUGGUGAGUUACUUCGCGAAGAACAACGUCUUAGUACUCAAGUUCUUCUGGAGCACUCUCAUGGCAGUUCCGGGACGACCACUGUGGCUUAUGCUGCCCAAGGACGAGGAUCCUCUAUGACUUCUAAAAAUCUGCAGUGUUUCUGCUGCAAGGAAUAUGGGCAUAUUGCUGCCAAUUGUCCUAAAAAGUAUUGUUCUUAUUGCAAGAAAAAGGGUCACAUUAUCAAAGAAUGCCGUAUUCGUCCUCAGAAUCGUCAGGCCCAAGCUUUUCAGACUUCUGUUACUGUUCCUUCUGCAGCAACUUCCGUAGCUCACGACUCUUCUUCAGGUGCUUCUUCUGAUCUUGCACCCUCUGCCGCCACUUACUGCACCCCUGAAAUGGUGCAACAGAUGCUCAUUUCCGCUUUAUCUGCGAUGGGUUUUCAAGGACCAGGUAACGGGGGAGCCGAUCGCGAAGGGACCUAAAGUGGGGCGCUUGUUUCCACUAUUUUUACCUGUUCCGUCAUUUUCUCCAGUUUCUUCUAUUAAGUCUUUUGCUUGUAAUAAUGUUCCUGAUCUAAGUAUGGUGUGGCAUCGUCGUUUAGGCCAUCCCAAUACUCAGAUCCUAUCUCAUGUAUUGAACUCUGGUUUCCUUGAUAAUAAAAAAUGUUCUUCUUUA